GAACGACUUUCUGAAAAAGUAAUCAUUGGGUAUAAGAUGAUCCGAUUGCACUUGCUUUUCCUUUUUCUGAUCAAUCAAACAUUGACUAUCAAUGUCCUCGUACUUUCUCCAGCAUUUGGAGGAAGUCAUAUGAAUUUCAUGGCUCACUUGGCAGAUACACUUACUGAAGCUGGACAUAAUGUGACAUUCCUUAUCCCCGUGGCUGAUGAGACUCGGAAAAACCAACUUGGUGUUAAAAUUACCAAAGAUGUGGUCCUCGUGGAGCAAGACGAAAUAAUGUCAAGAGAUACACUAAUUGUUGACGAUCACAUGGAUAUGAUGUGGACUCUGGAUACACAUGAACCUAACUUUGAAGAGAUGUUUUCAUGGUUCAAUAAGAUCAUGGAAUUGUCAUGUGCCAAUUUUUUACGGAACACGGAAGUUUUCGAGUUGAUGAAGAGUCGGAACUUUGAUGUUGCAAUUCUUGAACCAUUAUCAGUUUGUGGUCUUGGAUUUUUCAAGAAAUUGGGAAUCGAAAAGACGAUUCUUGCCUCGUCAUGCUCACUUUAUGAUUUCAUUUUACCGGAUAUUGGGGAGCCAGAGGAUCAUAGUUAUGUACCAUCUCUAUCGUCCCAAUCUGGAGAUCAGAUGAGCUUCUACGAGCGCUAUAAGAAUUAUAGAUUUUCAAGGGACACAAAGGUAACAAUGGAUAGAAUGUUUGACCGUGAAACGGCAAUAUACCGGGCACACCUUGGAAAGGAUCUUCCCGACUGGCGAGUGCUUCUCCCAUCUGCUUCAUUAUUCUUUACAAAUUCCAAUCCAUACCUUGAUUUUCCACGUCCAGUAAUCCAAAAGACCGUUGCAAUCGGAGGAAUUUCUGUUAAUAUGGGAAAAAUUAAAUCUCAGAAGUUGGAUGACCAUUGGGAUGUAAUAUUGGAUCAAAGAAAUAAUAAUAUGCUAAUUUCUUUCGGUUCAAUGGUCAAAUCAUCUACAAUGCCAAUUGAUUGGAAAAUGAAUAUUUUAAAAGUAAUCAAAUCAGAGCCAAAUGUCACUUUUAUUUGGAAAUAUGAAACCAAUGACACAAAAUUCGCCGAUGGAGUUGAUAAUGUUCAUUUUUCAAAAUGGGUUCCUCAAACAGCCUUACUAAAUGACGAUCGUCUCACCGCUUUCCUGACUCAUGGAGGACUAGGAAGUACUAAUGAAUUGGCUCACUGGGGUAAACCAGCAGUCACAGUUCCAAUAUUUGGAGAUCAAGUCAGAAAUGCAAAUAUGCUUACAAGACACAAUGGAGCUAUUUUCGUAUGGAAAAAUGAUUUGGGAAACUAUGGAAUUGUCAAGGAAGCAGUUCAUCAAAUUCUUUAUAAUGAGAAAUACAAGAGGAAUGCCAAGUAUUUGGCGGAUAUACUGGAGAAUCAACCACAUCAACCAAAGGAUUUGGUGGUGAAGCAUACAGAGUUUUUGGCAAAAUUUGGCCCCUUCCCAAAAAUGGAUCCAUACGGCCGCAGUUUGAACUUUUUCACCAGAAAUCUUUUCGAUAUCCAUGCUGCUGUGGUGUUCACUUAUUUCAUACUUGCAACGGCUUCAUUUAAUAUUUUGAAAUUUUUAUUAUCGAAAUUCUCGAUUAAGCUUGUGAAAAAGGCGAAGAAAGAUCUCUAAUUUCAGUUAUUCAAUUGUUAAAAUUAAAACGGGUGAUUUCAGUGAAUAAAUAAUUUCAUAUCAGU